CUUUCUUCAACGUCAACUCGAUCGCGUGUGAAGCUUUGAUUCCUCCGUCGUCGGAAGAUUCUUCCAACCUACAUAAGAUCCGUUUUGACUCCUCCCUCCGUCGUCGGAAGUUUUGUUUGGUGACGGUUCCAAUUUGAAUCGGAGGUAAUCUAGAUCUCGUAGCGAUUCCGAUAGGUAGGGAUCAUGUCGGACGCUUUGAUAAAUGGACUGGCUGGAGCUGGUGGCGGGAUCAUCGCUCAGCUCCUCACUUAUCCUCUCCAAACUGUAAAUACGCGGCAACAGACGGAGCGUGAUAUCAAGAGGGAGAAGAGGAAGCUUGGAACCAUCGAACACAUGUGCCAGGUUGUGAAACAAGAAGGAUGGGAGCGUUUAUAUGGUGGAUUGGCUCCGUCUCUCGCUGGAACCGCGGCGUCACAGGGUGUGUACUAUUACUUCUACCAAGUGUUUCGGAAUCAAGCUGAAGCUGCAGCUCUGCAACAAAGUAAGAUAGGGUUGGGUGACGGAUCCGUUGGGAUGUUCUCUUCACUCCUUGUGGCUGCUUUAGCCGGAGCAGUUAACGUUCUGAUGACGAAUCCAAUUUGGGUGAUUGUUACACGCAUGCAGACCCACAGAAAAAUGCCAAAAGAUCAAAAGACAGUCUCUGAGUCACCUCCUUCUGAAAUUGAAGUUCUGGUUCCAGUUGAGCCGCGUCCAUAUGGAACCUUUAACACGAUUCGAGACGUUUACGAUGAAUCUGGAGUGACUGGCUUCUGGAAAGGUGUAAUUCCGACAUUGAUCAUGGUAAGUAAUCCAUCAAUGCAAUUUAUGUUGUACGAGACAAUGCUAGCAAAGCUGAAGAAGAAACGUGCCUUGAAGAGUAGCAACAGCGUUACCGCUUGGGAGACAUUUCUUCUUGGAGCUGUGGCUAAACUUGGAGCUACAGUCACAACUUAUCCUCUCCUUGUUGUAAAGUCACGACUUCAAGCCAAACAGGUCACAACAGGAGACAAAAGACAUCAGUACAAAGGAACACUGGAUGCGAUUCUGAAGAUGAUUCGAUAUGAAGGGCUUUACGGGUUCUACAAAGGGAUGAGCACAAAGAUAGUUCAGAGCGUUUUAGCUGCUGCGGUUCUGUUCAUGAUCAAGGAAGAGCUUGUGAAGGGAGCUAAGCUGUUGCUCUCAAACGGGACUUCUAGCAAAGUCAAGUCCAAGCCUUCUUGAAAUCUUCUUCAAUCAAGCUAGGAUUUUAGGAAUAAGAUUGAAAUAAAUUAAUAGAUUUUAAAUUAAAAUUCCAAUAAUUUCUUGAUUAGUUAUCACACAAUCAGGAAUGUUGUUCAUUUCCUGAUAAUUGCAAAUUGAUUAUUUGUAAU